CACUACACGAACACAUAUAUUACUUACGCACACAAUAUUACCAGUUGGUAGAAUUAUUUGGAAUGGGUAUGAGAAUCGAUAUCAAGCGUAAGUUACUCUCGCGUUCUGACCGCGUCAAGAGUGUGGAUCUUCAUCCAACAGAACCAUGGGUACUUGCGAGCAUGUACAAUGGACAAGUGUACAUCUACAAUUACGAAACACAGGCAUUGGUCAAGUCUUUUGAAGUAACAGAGACACCUGUGAGAGCUGCCAAAUUUAUUGCUCGUAAGAAUUGGAUUAUCACUGGCUCUGAUGAUUCUCAGAUCAGAGUCUUCAACUACAACACCUAUGAAAAGGUUGCCAGCUUUGAAGGCCAUCCAGAUUACAUCCGUUGUUUAGCCGUACAUCCCACACAGCCCCUGGUUCUUUCUGGUUCUGAUGACAUGACAAUUCGUCUGUGGGAUUGGGAAAAGGGAUGGAAGUGUGCUCAGGUGUUCGAGGGUCAUUCUCAUUUUGUUAUGCACUUGACUUUUAACCCCAAAGACUCCAACACAUUUGCCUCGGCUGGCUUGGACGGCGUGAUCAAGGUCUGGGCACUCGGAUCCAACGUGCCCAACUUCACACUCGAGGGCCACGAAAAGGGCGUUAAUUACGUCGACUACUACCACGGCGGCGACAAACCCUAUCUGAUCUCAUGUGCGGACGACAACCUGGUCAAGAUCUGGGACUACCAAAACAAGAACUGUGUCCAGACCUUGGAAGGCCACAACCAGAACGUAAACUUUGCGGCCUUCCACCCCGAACUGCCGAUCAUCAUCUCGGGCUCAGAAGAUGGCACGGUCCGCAUCUGGCACUCGGACACCUACCGUCUCGAAAACACGCUCAACUAUGGCCUCGAACGUGCCUGGUGCAUGUCCUACCAAAAGGGAGGCAACAAUGUCGCCUUUGGCUAUGACGAGGGUUCGGUUGUCAUCAAGCUGGGUCGCGAAGAACCUGCCGUCUCGAUGGAUGCAUCUGGCAAGAUCAUCUGGGCCAAACACUCGGAGAUCCAGACGGCCAACAUUAAAGCAGGAGCUGAUGAUGCAAUCAAGGAUGGCGAGCGUCUUGCACUUCCUGUCAAGGACCUUGGUAGCUGUGAAGUCUAUCCCCAGACUCUUCAGCACUCUCCCAAUGGUCGUUUUGUAGUAGUGUGUGGCGAUGGCGAGUACAUUAUCUACACUGCCCUUGCCUGGAGAAACAAGAGUUUUGGCAGUGGAUUAGAAUUUGUGUGGGGUGCAGACUCAAACGUAUAUGCUGUACGUGAAUCAACUUCUCGUGUCAAGGUUUUCAAGAACUUCAAAGAACGAUCUGGUCUUUUGCCAAAACUCAACUACUCUGCCGAGGGUGUCUUUGGUGGUGCUUUGUUGGGUGUCAGAUCAAACAGUUUCCUAAACUUUUAUGACUGGGAAACAGGAUCAGUCGUGCGUCGUAUUGAUGUAGAAGCUAGAAAUGUGUUUUGGUCUGAUGCUGGUGAUCUUGUUACUAUUGCAUGCGAAGACUCUUUCUAUGUCUUGCGAUACAGCUCGCAAGCCUAUCUUCAAUUCAUUGAAAAUGGCGGUGAUGUCGGAGAGGAAGGUGUAGAAGAAGCAUUCGAGUUUGUUACUGAGAUUGCCGAGACUGUCAAGACUGGUGCCUGGGCUGGAGAUUGCUUUAUUUAUACCAACAAUGCUAACCGCAUGAACUAUCUAGUCGGUGGAGAGACCUUUACUAUCAGUCAUUUUGAUAAGCAAAUGUAUUUGCUUGGUUAUGCUCCUAGAGACAACAGAGUAUACCUUGCUGACAGAGAUGUCAAUGUUUAUUCCUACGUCUUGUCCUUGACAGUGGUCCAGUACCAGACUGCUGUUCUGCGUGGUGAUCUGGAGGUUGCUGCCAGCAUGUUGGCCUCAAUUCCUUCUGACCAGCGUAGCCGCAUUGCACGUUUCCUGGAAUCCCAGGGACUAAAGGACCUUGCGUUGGAAGUCUCGACCGAUCUGGAGCAGAGAUUCGAAUUGGCAUUGAACUUGGGUAAACUUGAUGUGGCUACCCAGAUUGCACGUGAAGUUGACAGCGAAGCCAAAUGGAGAACACUCGGUGAUGUUGCUACUGCAUCGUGGAAGUUUGGGUUGGCUGAAGAGUGUCUCCUGAAGGCCAAGGAUUUGAGUGGCCAGUUAUUGUUUUACACUGCCAAUGGUAACCGUAAUGGUAUCCGUGAAGUAGCUACCAAAGCAGUUGAACAAGGAAAGAACAAUAUUGCUUUUACUGCCUUGUUUGAGUUGGGAGCUGUUGAAGAAGCAAUUGAUUUAUUAAUCAAGACCGAGCGUAUUCCUGAAGCUGCUGUGCUUGCACGUGCUUACCGCCCUCAGGAAAUGUCCAAGAUUGUCAAGUUAUGGAAGGCAGACCUGGAAUCCAAGAACAAGACCAAGAUUGCCGAGAGUUUGGCUGAUCCAGCAGAAUACAAGAACCUGUUCCCCGAACUGGCCUUGGCUUCAAAGAACGAGGAAAACUUGUUGGACAUGGAAGGAUCUUCAGAUGACGAUGAUGAUAAUGAUGUAUUUGAUGCUGCCAGCGAGAACAUUACCGAGCCUGUUGCUACCACUGUUUUAUAAGCGUUCUGUUUUAUUUAUAUAUAUAUAUAUCUAUAUAAUAUUUAUAAAAUAUUACAUAUACACACACACACACACAUACAUAUAUAAAUUUAUAAAUAUAAAUAUUUUACAAGUUU